UUUCGAGAAACGGGCCCCAGGGCCCUUAUGGAGACCAGCCUUAGAGCUGAAUGGGCUAUCCUGUUUAAAUAAAGUUUUACUUUACUUUUUUACUUUAAAGAUCAGCAGGGAGCAUUUCUUGGAAUGCUCCCAGCUCGGCGAUCCCCCUCUCCCCAUAUAAGGGCUUUGGGGGAUCCGGAAUCCAAGUUUCUCUGACAAAGAAUCCGGAAUCCAGUACCUUGAAUCCGGAAUCCACAGCGUGGAAUUCCUUGGAUUCACUAACAUGGGGAGAGAUCAGUGGCGGAUCCAGGGAGGGGCUCGGGGGGCCCGGGCUCCCCCGCUUAUUGUUAGACGAAACUAAGGCCCGAAGGGCCGAAAAAGGUUUUUUUGGAGACCUGCACCUCCUAGUCUCAGGGUCUGGAUGACUGCCCCCCCUCCCCCUCCCCCUCCCCCCUUAUCUCAAGGUCUGGGUCCGGCACUGGCGAUCUCCCAGUUUAUCAGCUUUAAAGUAGAAUUAAAUCAGUGAAAACAGUGAAGACCAAUAGGAAUGCUCCUGGUUAAUAUUUGCUGUUUUCCUUUUUGAUCAUACAUCAUGCCAAUUCUCAAGUACUGGGCCACUAAGGAGAGAAGCUACAAAAUGCGGAAAUCUGAUGCAGUGAUCUCUUGAUCGUUGUAAGUACAACAAAUUAAAUCAUUAAGCAGCUUUAUCGGUUUGCUUUCUAUUAGGAAUAGUCCUAUAUUCUGCAACAAAACUUUGUUGAGUGUCUUAACGUCUGGCCAUGGAUGAUUAUAAUCGAUCAUUCCGCUUCGGUUCGUUAUCAGUUGGGAAUGAACCCGACUGGCGCCUGAUUCUACAAAACGGUCCUUGCAUUUCUAUAUUCUUACGUCUGCGGGGAGGCUAGGAACAGAUUUCAUCAGGUAAAUUAUCCAAAAAAAAUGUACUUAACUUUAAGAAAUAUCAUGAAAACUGCAACCCAGGCAAAGGGCGACUGAGCAUGCGCUAUCACUUUGAAACCUUCAUUGCCCUCACUACAUAAAAUUGAAAGACGUUGAGUGGAAUAAAAUUAAAUGUCUUUACGCCAGAGGGGGGGAAAUACCGCAAAUUAACUUUAACAAAAGCUACACAAAUAUUUGUAAUCACUAUGUGAGUCACGUUUCAAUUUCAAGCCUUUUCUAAGCAUAUCCUUUCAUCCAUAUCCCACUAUUUAGUUUCAAGUGUUAUUCUGCAUUGUUUAGAUAUCUGGUUUUCAGUUGCAUUGCGAGUUCCGCAUUGUCAAUAUCUAAAAUACCUCUGUUCCGAAAAUCUUUAGAUUGACCAAAGAAGUACGUUACUUUCUCGUUUUCCCUUCUCCAGAUGUCUACCAACGAAAAUGAUGGGAAUGUUGCUCUUUGUAUGUUUAUAAAUUUUUUUGUCUCUCGCAAUUUAAACUAGUAUAGUAUGUCCUAAUGUACAUGUGACAACUUAGUCUCCUAGAAAAAGGUCUCGAGCGAAUCUGCUUCAAAUAAAUUAGAUCCAUGAUAAAUGGCAGACAUGACCUUCUUUUGUAAAGCAUCGUUUUGUCGCCGCGCCAUUAGUUAAAGUUGAAUGUCCUUUAUCCUAAUUAUCACACAUCCGGGUUUAUGACAUGAAUCAAAAACACUCACGUGAAGGCAAAAAAACAGCAACAAACCAGUGAGGGCAGCCGGAUCUUUAAUGAGCUUUUUGGUAAAUCAGUAAAAUCUUCAAUACCAAACUAUAAAUUAAAACAGUAUUUGCAAACCUGAAAUAUCACCAUUAUUUUUGUUUGCGGCUUUAUUUUUUAUUUUCGUUAGCUUUUGCUCUCACUCCUCCUGCCGUCAUGACCUGAAAAUGUUUUCACCUCUCAACUAGAAAUGUUACUUCUUUGAAGAGACCGUUCAUUUAUUUAUUAUUCAAUCGUUCAUUUGUUUAAUUAUCUGUUUAUCCACCAAUAAAUUCAUCUGUACUGAUUUGUGUAGGUUAAUUAUUAUUAUUAUUAUUAUUAUUAUUAUUAUUAUUAAUUUUUUUAAGGAAUAAGGAAUUUAGAAACACGAGAUUUUAUUCUUUUUAACUUGUUUUCGUUUUAAUAUCAGAGACGGAUAAAUCUCUUUUGUAAUGACUUAAUUUAAAACUCUGGACUGCCUGCAAGAGUCAUUGACCGCAUCUGAGCCGCAAGGAAUGUAUUUGUGAAAUAGUUAUUGACACGGUGAUUACUAGUUUUAUGGUUUAUAUAAUUCUUAAUGUUACAUAGUGCUUAAUUUUUACUUCAAAUUUUUCUGUAAUUUAUGUGCAAAUUUUUCUUAAAGUUCAAUAAAAUUAUAGUAUUUAUUAUUAUUAUUAUCAUUAUUAUUAUUAUUAUUAUUAUUAUUAUUAUUAUCAUUAUUAUUGUUUAUUCAUUCAUUCUUUCAUACACAACAGGAGCCGAUCGGCUCCGGAUUCAAUUGAAAAUAUUUUUCGGCCGUUUCCGAUUUGCUCAAAUCCCUCGGUUAGACCUUCACACACUAACGUUUGCGAUAUGGGAUAAAAUGACAUCGAUGAUGCAGGAUAAGUUUGUUAUAUGGGUUCCUAACAAAAUGAAUCUUCUCACUCUCUUCUGGGCAAAUUAAAUUGCCUUUAUAUACCACUGUUUUCAAUUGGUAAACUGCACAACAUCCGUAUACGUAGAGGUCAUAGUAGAAACAAAGGAAGAUAAAUGACAUCAACUAAACUGAAGUAUCCAAUUCGUUUUCUGUUUCUUCUUCUGCAAAGGCAACUAAGCUUAAAUAUGCAUAGGGCAUUCCUAGUAUCUUCGACAGGACCAGCUCUCAGUUCAAAGUUAAAUCCCGUUGUUUCGGCUCACAAUUCGAGAGGGCAGAAUUUAUUCUUUGCAAUCACCACAGGCAGCCCAAGCGCACUAUGCCGUGGGUUCGGGCUUCAGAGGUCAUUUAGUCGGAAUAUACUAGAAUUAUUAGUGUAUUAUCUGAUGCCAAAUAAAUGCAAAAAUCUUAAAGAUAUGAAGUCUUAUUGUUUAUUACAGCGUUCAGUACUGGAUGGAAAGAAAGUCGACUAAACGGUGUUUAGACCGGCCUGAACUUAAGGUAAGGGAACGUUUUGAAUCAAUAUUUCGCGUGAUCAUCAUUUUUUUUUUCUUAGCGUUGUAGAUUCGAAUACAUGUGAUAAAAUUAGAACAAUAAGGGCCCGAAUCACAUGUAAUAAUGCACGAAGUAUCGACCUUCGUUAUCUUAAAGGCUACUAGUACAGAUAGACAAACAGAAGACUUCAUAUCUUUAAGAUUUUUUCAUUUAUUUGGCAUCAGAUAAUACACUAAUAAUUCUAGUAUAUUAUGUCCUGUUCUAUUUAUUUCACGGUAUUUCGUUCAAAUAAAAAGGUGUAUUUUUGACUUUAAUAAUAUGACCCGCUUAAUAAGGACACACCGUUUAAUAAUACGGACACUUUCUAUGGCCUCCUUCCGUAUUUUUCAGCGGAGUUCACUGUUUUUUCAGCAGACUGUCCCGGAAGACUGUGUGGUCGAAAAAGUUACUAACUGGAGUUUGCGAGUUUGAAGCUUCAGAAGUAGGCAAACAGGGUAUCAGUAGACAGCUUGGAAAAAUUUGCAAUCCUUCUAUUCAUAGAAAAAAGGAGAAAAAUAUUGUGAAAAAACAAGUUGCAUAACGGACUUCCAGACGUUUUAAUUUUAAGAAUCAAACAAAGCAAAGCUGAUUUAUUCUUAUGUCAUGUCAAGUGGCAGGAGCUUUUGUGAUGUGACAAUAAAGCUUUUUUGACGUUAAUUUAUUGUCCACUUUGACAGGCAAUUUGAUGUUUCUCUUAACUACGUGAAAACGUGGCAAAUAGUUGAAUUGGUUCGCCGCUAACUGAGUGUAGUAUAGUUUCAAGUUUAAUAGAGCCUUUUGUCUCACCUGCGGAAGUUUUGGAAUCGAUAUAUCACAAAAGGAAUGGCUCGCGUUGACAACUCAUGAAUUACUGUCAAGAGUAAUUUAGAUGUAAUAGUCAACCAUGCGUGCCCAUGUGUUCAUUUCGUUUACGCACAGCGAGACGUGCGUUGGAAAAAUCUAACAUUUUUGCGAGAUUUGUCAGCGACUGCUCAAAUCUAACACUCUGGGCAUUUGCUUGCAACAUCUCUAUGCGACAUCUAUGUUCCGCGAGCAAUCAACUUACAAACGAAUCUUUGCGUUAGCAUACACAUCUGUGAUAGCGCACGUCGAGCUUUGAAUUGAAGCGAAGAAUCACUCAGAAGCUUUACAAGCUUCUUUUUUGAAGUAUAUUUACACAAGGUAAGAAAUAUGUAGCCAGUUAGCUUAUGUCGGCGUUGUUUGCUUUUAUUUGAGAACAUUUACGUAGAUUAUUAAGCCAAAAAAUACGGCUCGUGACGUGUAUCCAGAACAAUCUUGCGGCCGGAUGCUCGGUAGAGACAGUCUUCUUUCUUUCCGAAUGACGAGACGAUCUCAGCCUUGUAUAUUUGCCGAAAACGCUGCAGAUUUUGCAGUAACGAUGUUUUUGGUUUCCAAACUUUUGUAAAAAUCCUGCUUAUCGCUUUUGCCCUCUGCAGGGACGAAGGAAAUCUGUACUAAACGAAGGUACCCCGUCAUGACCCGUGACAAAACACAGUCGUAGUACGUGAGCUUUUGUUGGAUGGAGUUGGACUUAAACUCUAAAUAUGAAUUGCUUAUACGGUCAUAGUUUGGAUGGUAAAUUUAUCCUUCUACUUCUUUGGGUAAUUAUUGGAUCAUCAGCCCAACAAUCUGGAGGUAGGUGAACUUUAUAUCAAAAUACAGUGAAAUAGACAACGUUGUUAGUUUCGUGCGCGUGAGCCAACAUAUGUAAAUAUUCCUAGAGCAUGCUAUUGUAGCUACCUGGGCUAACUAUUCGUAAUCCGCGAGAGAAUACUACGCUGAUGGCAAUGAGCGUGAAAACAUAAUUUUUAAGAGCUUAGUAAGGUUUCCCAAAAGCUAACAAUCUCGGAAAGAUGACUUUGCCGUAAAAGUCUAAUUUUAGAUCGGAACAAGUAAGCCGGCUUCAAUUUGUCAUUGUCGCUUUUUCGGUUCUGUAAACACAAGUCAUCUCUCCCGAUUUAUUUGAAUUUGGUUAUUGGUAUGUCUGAUUGGUAUAGGUAGUAUAUAGUUGAAAGAGGAGAGAUACAUCAGAGGUGAUGCACAAUUUUGGUAUGUACGUGUCGGGGAUUCCAAAGAAAACCGGUUUUCAAGCAGUGGUUCGGUCAAUUUCUCAACGCACACGAACAGGGACACGAACACGAACAGUACAUGCUGUGCAAUGAGGCUCGUUGCCAGAAAUAUUGCUUCUCUGUUUUUAAGGUUUUCGCUAUCUGAUAAAUAAUACAUGUAGCAGUUCAUGGUCCCUCGUUGCCGCAGAAAUGGUGGAUUUUACCUCUUGGUCAUGACGGCAGUCUUUUUUUCUACUGUUAAGGAUCAAACGACAAACAGGCGCAGAAACCCGGGCGGAAGGUAAAACCUGCUUCUACAAAACACAAGUUGAGACUGAAAUGAUUUGUUUAUGUUUUGUCGUCUUUUAUUAAAGUAAUGCAGGUUUUUUCUUGCUUAUAAACAGCAUUAAUUAAAUUUAUAAAUCGUCUUAGCACUACAUACAUACAAGGAAAUUGAAUAUAAAACUCGGAACUUCAAAGGACUUUGAUAUGCUACGCUAUUGGCUCUAUUUGUUUGAACGCCAUAACGAUAUUGAAACCUUUACUUGUCAUUUGCAUAGAAAACCCGGUAAUUUUGGUGACUACUCUAACGCAGUUAGAAAGACGGGGCCUUUCGAAAUAUUGGUAACUCAAGAAGUAUAUAAUAUAUUCCCGACUGUAAAAUCAGCCUUGCUUCUUUCAAUUGUUCAAAAUUCUAUUGGGAACUAUUCAUCCCGGUGGGAAAGCCUUCCGAGGUAUCGCCUUCUUCCCGCUUAUACCUAAACGACCGAAAUUUUCUGCACCAUUUUUGUGGAUCACCAGUGCCAGGCUUCCAAGCAAGCGAAACAUUUACCGGUAUUUUGUAAAUGGUGCAACUCAAUCCCAUUCCUGUUUUCGGGUCGAAAAAAAUAUACUAGCCGCCAUUUGUCGGAAAAUCUUCACCGAAUUAUCCGCACAAAUGGUAAAGCUCCCCCUAGGGUUAUCCAAAUGAUGUAAGAAAAAGAAACGGCAGAUAGCUAAAGGGGCUUGGACAAUUAAUGAAUUCUGAAAAUUGAAUGUGGACCCUGACAAAAAGAGAAAAACAACCUUUAGAAAGCUUUUAGUAAACAUACAUUUCUUGACAGGGGGUAGUGUAAAGCAAAUUUUUUACUUAACUUAUAAUUUUUUUCUGACCACAAAUUCAUUUUACAGGUUAUUUAUAGCAAAUGUCUAAAUGAUCACUGGUAAUUCUACCUCCUUUGUCACCACAUUUUUUUUGAGCUUUCAUAAAUCCUUACUUUAAGACAUUGGCAUGGACGGAAAUAUAAAACUCAGUGUGCGACAUAACAAUAAUUAAUAGCAAAUGCAAUCACACCGACUUUGAAAGACGGAAAUUGAUAGCUUUAAAUGUCACUUCAGAAUCAACUACCUACGCAGAAUCUAAAUCUGAUUACCUGUCAGUCUAUACAUGUCGGCUGCACUAAACUUGUUCCUGAAUAGUUUGUGUUUUAGUCUAGGUGACAAAAUUGUGGUUUAUAAUUGACGCAGAUCGAAAAUUUUAAUUUUACGUUUUUUUGUCGAUAUCUUGCCCUUGUACUUCUUUAAUAUAUUUGUAGUUGAUUUUUCUUCGAGUAAAUAUUAAACAUUUGCUGUUUUACGUGCCUUUUUAAAUUUUUUUAGCAAUAUCUCUACUUAUUAUUUCUAGAAGAAGGAUUUUUAGCCCAGUAUAGUUGAUAUUUAUUAAAAUGGCCCGGUUUAUCAUUGCCUGUUCCAUGCGUUCACAUAGUGGAGGCUGGCGUGAAAUGGAGAACGGACGGAAAAAAGCGGAAGCAGAAGAAAGGAAGAGGGAGAAAGAAGGGAGCGCCUUUGAAAUUUGUGUUCAAAAGUUCUUUCCGCCCACUUUGUCGGCGCGCAAUUCAAAUCUUAGGUUUUGAUCGACUGUCCUCGCAUCUACUACCCUGCUGUGUUUCUUCCUGCUCACUUGUCGUUGUUGAUGUUGAUGUUGUUGUUGUUGUUGUUGUUGUAGGGAGCUUAAGCAUCUACGACGACGACAACGACGACAAUUUCAAAAAACAAUAGAUUUAAUGAUCAAAACAACAGCUCUGCACCUGCAUCACGUUUUUUAGUAAAAUUCUUUGACGUCCACUGCACGACUACGACGUGAAACCUCAUAAUUUGACGUUUUAUGGAGGACGUGGACAUACGACGACGAAUUUUCCUUCCUCUUUUUGAACUUGAAUAAAAUCCUUAAGAAUUCAACUCCAGGAAAACUCGCCUGCAUUUGACAUAUUGAGCGGGGCCAAAUAAACGCGAUUAAGUUUGAAAGAAGGCAAAUUCAUUUUUUUAGCAACGUCACUUUCACUGCCGUCGUCGUCGUCGUUGCUUAAGGUCCCUAAUGACGUGAAACCUUCCAAUGCGACGUUUUAUGGAGGAAGUCGACAUACGACGACAAAUUUUUCCUUCUCUAUUUGAACAUGCCAAAAGCGCUUAAGAGUUCAACUCCAGGAAAAGUCGCCUACAUUUGGUUCCAAGUAGAGUGACACGAUAAAGUUUGAAAAUACGCAAAUUCUUUUUUUUAGCGACGUUUUCACUGCCGUCGUCGUCGUUGUUGCAGGUCCCUUGUUUUGCGCGGUCCUCGCUAUCUGAAUGCCUGGAGCCAGCUGUGUUUAUCAUGGCGUGCACAACCGGCGCACAAACUUUCUUUGAAAUGGACGUAAUAUAUCAAACAUGAGAUGCAGUGUUUCAUCACCAGAUGAAACACCGAGAAGAGAGUUGAAAAUACGACGCGCAGCGGAGUAUUUUUGACGAACUUCGAGGUGUUUCAUCUGGUGAUGAAACACUGUGUCGAAUGUUUGAUACUUCUUCUCAAACAAAAUCAUUUUUGAAGGAGAAAUUAAGGAUGCAAAUACUAAGCAGUGUUUCAUCCGAUUUCCAAACACUCAUUAAACAUUAAUUUCCUUUGUAUUUUCUUAAUGAAUUAUUAAUGAGUUUGAGAACGUCCUAUAAACAGGGUCCGAAAUUGCGCUUUCCUGGUCGCCAAUGCGACUAAGAAUUUAGUCCUGGCGACCAGAAUUUCAUAGCUGGUCGCCAGCUAGCGACUUGUAAAGCUGGUUGUUAUUGUGGACUUAAACGUUCGGAGAAACUGAUUAAGAAUUGAAACCUCAAAGCUAUUUGCCAACAGGUGUCUUACUUUUUGUCCUGCUGAUAUUUUUUAAUUAAAAUUGAAACGAAGCUUCCUGUAAUAAUACCUCCACAACAACUACUACCAAUACAAGUUGAACGUUUCCAAGCCGCCAUUACGAGUAAUGUGGCACAAAAAAAUGUGGCCUGGUACGAACAACAUGGCGGUUAUGUUUCGUGGUUGUUUCGUUCAUUGUUUCGCCGUAGAUAUCGGAAGAAAACAGUUUUGAUAUGAUCCGUUGCAGUCAUGGGCAGACAGCUUUCUGUUCCUACGUUCUAGAUCAGAUGGCUUUACAUGUAUAUGUCCAAAAAGUAAUUUGUGGAAAAAAUGAGACUUCACUCGUACACGUACGGUUACUUUCUGGUAUCGGGAGCGGAAGUAGUGCAAUUUUUAAGCACAAAAACGUCCAUACCAUGCAUUUUUUAUUCGUGUUUAAACUUUUAUUUGAAAAAAAAGGGAGGGGGAAUUUUUGGCGACCACAAUUUGCCCUCUGGCGACCAAAACUUUAUACUUGAUCGCCAGUUGGCGCUCGUAUUAAAAAGUUAAUUUCGGACCCUGAUAAAGAAUUUUUAUUCUACUACCUAAUUUUUCAACCAACAGGAAGGCCAUAAUUUGCUUGGUAAAUAAAGCCUACACAAUUUUAAAAUUAAAAUUGUACCUUUAGUCUUCAGAAGGUGGACAUGUUCAUGAAGCAUUCAUGUCUGUGUACAUUUAAUAAAGGAAAAGUUAGUUUUGUGCGAGUUUGUUCGUUUAUUAGUAUUAAAUUACAGGAUUACAAGUGUUAGGUUAUUAUUAAUAAUGAUUAUAUAUCCAAAUUAUAAACCUGCUAAAAUGCUUUAUAAACCCUGUAGCAGUUUCAUAAAAGAUACUAUUCUAAAUGUAACGAAGAUCCUCGCAGUUACAGUCUUGUGACAGAUGAUCUUGCCAAAACCAUUAACGUGGUCUGGGACGGAAAGGAUUGGGCUUUUUCACUUCCUAGCGGAUAACUCUUGCGACGACACGGAAACCAUGCAUAUUGGCGAUUUUGGCGCGAUUUCUGUAACAGAGCGAAGGCUGCGCCUCGCCGACCUUGAAAGUGGAUCGUCACAUAUCAGAUAGGUUUUUACCAGUCUUCGUUGUAAAGCUAGUGAACAGGUAUUAGGGCCGUAGCGGAAGUAGAUGAGUAGAAGCGAGGACUGACUUAACACACUGAGACGGAAGUAAACUUUCGGGCAAAAUGUGAGAUUGGGAUUUAAUGCACCAAGCCUUGUCAGAUCAAGGGCGUAGCGUGAGAUUUUGAAGGUGUACGCACGGAAGAAAAGUUAGAGCGGCGAAGACGUUCCAAAUUAAGGGGGUCUAGGGGUAUACUGCCCCAAAAAACUUUUAAAUUUAGGGUCUCCUAAAUGCCAUUUCCUGUGUUUUUCUUUUUCAGUAAAUAAAUAAGAAGGAAAAAUGCAUUAGUUAGUUGUUUAUUUUACCCAUCUCUGCUGUUAUCGGUACCUAAAAGGUACAGUCUUUACGGAAAAGGGGUAAAGCAGUGACGCCAUCAAAGAGGUUACAAGCGAAGGGCGAGAUGUGUCCUUUGCUUGUAACCUAUUUUUUUUUCAGAUUUCAGCUGUUUGCACGGGCGUAUCUGCGUAAAUGGACGCUUCGCUCCCGCAGAUAACCUUUCUGGUACAAAGUUCGGUGUCUGAACGGUUUAUUCUUUGCCUUUUCCGUUCAAACUGUACCAGAUAUCUUUUCAUGUUGACAAGAAAAGCUGUCCUAUAUACUGUUCACAUAGCCUCAACGACUCCCCACAAUGUUGGGACUUGUUGCGUCCGUCAAACGAACGCAACAUUGUUGGCCAACAACUCCCAAUAUUGUUAGGUGUUACAUAUUGCGUCCUUUUCCACACCUUGUUGCAUGUUGUUGAGCAAAGUUUGAAACCGUGCAAACGGAUGCAACAACUCCCAUCAAUGUUGGGAGUUGCUGGCCAACAAUGUUUCGUCCGUUUGCAUGGGGCUUUAGACAUAAAACUAUCCAGAAUAAAGCCCCCGUGAAAACGGACUCAACAUUUUUGGCCACCAACUCCCAGCAUUGAUGGGACUUGUUACGUCGUUUGCUCAUGGGUUAACCACACAUGAGAACUUCUUCACUGAAGAAUUUCACUGUUUUGCGACUCGCGUUUGUCACUCAAAUCUUGACACAGCUGAAAACGUUAUACUGUUGACAUAGCCUCAAAAUGCUCGAUAUGUCGUUGAUAUUCAUUUUAUUUCAAUUUGUGUCAUUCUUCGCAACAGUUCCUCAAGUUAAACAGUCAUCUCAACCCAGAAUUGUUAAACCUGUCGGAGAGGAGGAAGUUAAACUUUUUUGCAAUGUGAAAGGAGCUGUGUCCUACACCUGGUACAAGAAUGGGAAGGUGAUCCCUGCAGCAGUUGACCGUUACACUGUUAAAAAGGACAGAUAUCUUCUAAUAGUCGACGUUGUGAAAUCAGAUAGUGGACUGUUUGUUUGUGUGGCAUCCAAUGGUUAUGGAAGCGCCAACUGCACCAUCAGUUUCUUGGUAGAAGGUAUUGGAUAUUUUGUUUAAAUUUUUUCCUUGAAAGUUUGACUUGAAAUGCUCUUAAUGCUGUAGAGUCCAAAAACUAACCUUGAGCAAGAAUUCAAGAAAACUCGUAAAUUUCAGUUUAUGAAAUGCAAAUACAAAAGUCCUUGUUUGGCGGAAAUUAAUCGACGAUUGAAAAUAUUUUUUAUGAGAUCCCAGUUUUCUAUUUCAAAUUUUUUCGUCAAUUUUCUCAUCUAAAACGACGGUAGAAAAUCGCGAGAAAAAAAAGCAAAAAAGCAAAACAAAACAAAAUAAAAAAUUAUUGACCUCAUAGGAGACUAACAGUGAAAUUUUUCAUUUUUUGUGACAGAUCCUACUGUAAAACCUACCAACAUCACAGGAGGUACGAUGGCUUUUCUAGCAUUACUAGCAGCACCUAGUUUUGUGCUAUCCAGUUAUGUUGUUGUUGUUUAUCUCUUUUUUUUACUGUAUUGUUGAUGUUUGUAAAAGUUUCAUUCGCCAUUUACACAUCUCCUUUAUUGUUCCUACUUUAUUUCAACUAUAUUUAUCGCUCCUCGCAGAAAUUGAUCUUUUACCUAUUUACUGAUGGCACUACAGUAAUAUGCUUUAUGCUGACAAAAACAUUAAGGGUUGAAAGUCAACACUUGAAAUUAACCCUAAACGCCAAGAAGUCUGUAAUUUUUCUUCCCUAACAUCGUAAAAUGGACUGUCCAAUAAACAGUUAGAUUUUUUAUAUCAAUACCUAAACCUCAAUGACAUUAGAGUGUAAGGAUUAUAUUAAAUAUCUUCGGUUGGAAGAAAUGCCAUAUUGACUAUGUUGCCUCUAAAAUAAGUAAAGCAAUAGGAAUUAUUGCACGUCUUAGGCACUAUGUGCCAUUGAAUACCCUUCUAAAUUUAUAUCGCUCUCUGAUAUCCCUUUAUUUAUGCUAAGGACCGGUUGGCUGGGGACAAACUGCUAACUUUGGGGGGUGGGGGAGCAAACGAGGUGUAUCAUGGGAGAUGGGCAAAUGGCGAAUAAAUUAACAAAAUUGAUAACAGAAUGGAGUGCUGUGCCUCGUGCAAACCUUGGACGCAACAUUGUUGGCAAACAACUCCCAACAUUGUUGUAUGUUACAUGUUGUGUCCGUUUGCACACCCUGUUGCAUGUUGUUGCAUGUUGUUGCGUAUUGUUAGGAGUUGUUGUGCAAAGUUUGAAUCCGGUCAAACUUUUAGCUACGUGCAAACAGAUGCAGCAAGCCCCAACAAUGUUGGGAGUUGUUGCGUCUGUUUGCACGUAGCUUAACAUUGUUUGGGACUUAAGCUUGUUGCAUCCAUUUUCACAAGCCUGCCAACACGUAUGCAACGACUCCCAACAAUCAUUGUUGGCUAACAACUCCCAAUAUUGUUAGGUGUUACCUUUUGCGUCCUUUUGCACACCCUGUUGCAUGUUGUUGCACAAAGUUUGAAACGGGUCAAACUUUUAGCUUCGUGCAAACGGGUGCAACAACUCCCCUCAAUGUUGGGAGUUGCUGGCCAAAAAUGUGUCGUCCGUUUACGCGGGGCUUUAGACAUAAAACAAUCCAGACUAAAGCCCCGUGGAAACUUUAACGGACGCAACAUUUUUGGCCAGCAACUCCCAGCCUUGAUGGGACUUGUUACGUCGUUUCCUCAUAGGUUAACCACACAUGAGAACUUCUUCACUGAAGACUUUCACUGUUUUGGGACUCUCGUUUGCCACUAAAAUCUUGGUACAGCUGAAAACGUUAAGCUACAUGCAGACGCACGGCGCAACAUUGUUAGCCAACAACUCCCAAGAUUGUUCGGAGUUGUUGCGUCCGUUUGCACGUAGCUAAAAGUUUGACCGGUUUCAAAUUUAUGCUCAACAAGUGCAGACGACGAUCGAAUAGUAUCCCAUGAUGCACCUCGAUUCAUGUUAUAUUAUCACUGUGUACAUGACACAUUAUGAUCAGUAACCUUCAGCACGCGCGAAGUGAACAUCGAUCGCAGUGCUCGAUGUGGAUGGUUUCCAAACAUGUUUCGGUUCAGCAGCUUCUGCUUUUGAGAUUAUCGAGUUGGCUAAUAUUCACUGUGCUUUAAAGGAGAAUUUCAGCGUUGCUUUGACUGAGAAGGGUUUUACAUGUAUUUCACUGAUCUGUCGAGAACUACUUGUGCCGCGCUCGGUCGCACUGUAAACACAAAUUAUAAGACUCGCAAUUGAUAAGCUUCGCUAGGUUCACUAGGAGAACCCAGGCCAGAGGAGAACCAAAACUAUGACUGAUCUAUAAAGUGGUUCCAACAAAACAUCCGCUACGCUGUGAAGCUAAUUACCAAAGGAUAAUUUAUUACAGCAUCGCGCUCAAAGGAGCUGAAGUUUACAAUGGCAGUUACAAAUAAAAUUUAACCUAUCGAUGCGACAAACAAUUCUCUGAAGCACAGUCUACCCAGUACUGACUCAAGCAAUCUUCAAGGAAAUUUCGUGGCCAGAAUACUGAUCUGUUCUUUUGAAUAAAUAAAGUUUCUGCAUGAUGUUUCUUUUUCAAAUUCUGAGCUGGCCUGUUUACGUUGUGCCGGCUUGCAUGCUGCGUGGUUCCUUUCUUUGGGUUCUUUUCACACUGAAACACACCAUUAUACACCGCUCCUCCUUCGAAUUAAAAUAAUUCUAGUCAAAUUCCUUUUAAAAAUAACCUCUUUGAAAAUACAAAGUGAUUGCUUCGGCAUAAAGCGCUCUCAAAAGCGCCCAACAGAUUGUAGCCUUCAUCAGGCUUUACACAUUAUUAUGACACAUGGCGUUGAAAUGUGAUAAAAGAUUCGAAAUUUCAGCCAUCUUUGGUCGACAAAAAAGACUUCAAAAUGUGGGUACUUCUGGGUACUUCUUGGCCUGUACAAUAUUCAGGACUUCAUUUUGCUGGCGUGAGGUCCACAUUUGUAAGAUUUCAACAUGUAUUCCAAAAAACCUUGAAUAUUCAUGACCUGGUUGUGGGUCACUGAACACUUUGUGAUGGGAAGACUAAUUGAAACCGUGAAAAUAAAUGUUUCUAAGUGGAAACUUCGCUCUUAAGCCAUUACAAAUCGGAGAAAUCAUGUCAAAUAACGAAAUAAUGUAAUUUUUUUACUUUUACUGGAAAUCGAGUGAGAAAAAAGCCGACGAGAGAACGACCUUAUUUCAAGAUGGAAUGUGCUAUGACUGCGAUAUUGCCUGAUGCUUCUUGAAAAAUGCAUCAUGGGAUACUAUUCGAUCCUCCUCUGCAACAAGUGCCAACAACACGCAGCAACAUGCAACAGGGUGUGGAAACGGACGCAACAUGUAACAUCCAUGUUGGGAGUUGUAUAUUAAACGUUACAAACAACAAAAAUGAACUUGUCUUAGCAAAAACUGUUGGGCUAACACGUUUUCACCCAAGUUUGUCCAUCCGUGCCCUCUUUUGUAUUUGCUGAGUUAUUUACACCUUCUUUAAAUGUUUUGAGCAGGUAUUUUUAUGUUUCGCUCAUUUUGGUGCCGGUUCACAUCUCCUUUAAGCACCGUGCCGAGGUUUCAUUUGAACGGUAAUAGCACAUAAUUACGUCCCCAGAUUUAAACGAAAGAGUGACAAACUAUUUCUCUAUGGCUUGUUCUAGGACUAAAAGAGAUAAUAUAUUCUUUGCUGCAGAAUUGAAAAAUUUCCUCCACUCGUUCACUAACAAUAUUAUCUGACUUUUCAGAAAAACCACAAUUUAGACGUCUGGAUUUAAUGAGGAAGACCAAAAAAGAAUUUAGGGUAGGAGAUAAGCCAGUGGCUUUAACGUGUGAGGCUGUUGGUAAGCCUACCCCGAUUGUCACGUGGUACAAAGACGGCAACAUAUACGAAAGCUCUGGUCAGAGACUGGGUCCUUACGACUACCAACUAGAAUUCAAUGAGUUGGAUGUUACGGAUAGCGGAUCAUACAUGUGUAAUGUGUCUAACGCGUUGGGGUUCUUGACUUAUACUUACAAUAUUACAGUCAAAGGUUAGUGUUAUUAUUUGCUAUGGUCUUAAUACAUUGGAACCUCGAUAUAACGAAGGGCUAAGGGAUUGGCAAAAGUUGUUCGCUAUGGCGAGGUUUCUUUAAUAUAUCGAGGUUCUUUUUCAUAUAUUUACCAUUACAUGUACUUGCGCAAAGAAAAUCGAUCGUUAUAUCGAGGACUUGGUUAUAUAGAGGUUCGUUAUAUCGAGGUUCCACUGAAGUCAUCAUCAUAAUGAUCAUCAUCAUCACCAUCAUCAUCAUCAUCACCAUUAUCAGUUGGCUGUUAUGCAAGCGACUGCGAGGACGGUUGGUCAGCGGUCGUCAUGGUGGCCGGUCAAGAUUUUCUCACUCGCGGCCAUUCGUCUCGCCAUUCGAGGCCUUUAUUUGUAUUUUUUUGCAAUCUCUUUGCUUGUUUGUCAACUUUUUCGACAAAUGAACGGCUAUUGCAUUCGACCUAGCUGCUUGGCGGCUUUCUCUCCAGCAAGGAUCCUCAUCCUUGCUGUGCCUUUGGCUUCCUUUAGCGACCGCCAUCUUGGUCGUAUCAAAUACCACCAGUCCAGAGUCCCGCUGUAUGGCGCUCCAACAGCUUGUAUGACGAUGCAGCUUGUGAGACACAGCUCUCUUGAACUUCUUAUCCAUUCCGGUGGUGUUCAUCUUAACCCAGGCCCUGACACCGGCUCUAACCCUGUGACAUCGUACGGUCGGCGUUUUGUAUCCAUCGGCCACUCCAAUGUACGUGGGCUGUUAAGGCGUUAAUAUUGAACAAACUAAACUAGACAUUCUUACUAUUUCGGAAACACAUCUGACUGAAAAUGUCUUGGACAACGAGGCAUUUAUCAGUGGAUAUCAACUGGUUGUGACAAAGCUGGUGGUGGUGUCGCAAUCUAUUUUAAGGAUAACUUGAACUGUGUGCGGAUUACUAUGUACGAAGUGCCUGACCUUGAAGCCAUCUGGAUUGAAGUGACAUCGAUUUCUCAACCUCUGCUUGUUGGUUGUGUUUAUAGACCUCCCGGCGACCGCACUGAUUUCUUUGGCAAAUUUUACUGUGUUGUGGAGAAAAUGUGGCUAUCAAGGAAAAAGUGGUAAUAGCUGGUGAUUUUGACGUUGACCAGCUCUCUUCCAAUUACAAUGUUUCUAAGCUGAAACGUAUUUACCAGGCUUUUAAUUUUCAAAAUGGGAUUCAUAACCCCACUGAAGAAUUGCUGCGUCGUCGAGUACCCUUCUGGAUUUGAUCUUAACAAAUCACUUGCCCAAGAUUUUGAAAUCUGGUGUUUCUGACUACAGUAUUGCCGAUCACAAGUUUAUUCAUGCUGUUUUAUGUUAAAGAAACAAAAUGAAGGCCCGGUUUUGAAGAAACUGUACAGUUUUUAAAGAAGUUGACUGCAAACAAGGCUGCUUUUCAAUAUGAACGACUUGUAUGUGCUCCGUGGUGGGUGUUUGUGCUCUGCCUUUGACGAUGUGGAUGAUGUUACCUGUGCGUGGGAGAGUAUGUACAAGGAUAUCCUUGAUGGUUAUAUUUCCUCAGGAGAAGCAAAAAUUAGGAAGUUCUCCCAACCCUUCACACCUAGCCUCUGUUCAUUCGAGAGCAGCAAGAGUUAUUUCAACUUUGACCUGUUCGUAUCUGAUGCUGAAUACCUAUUUUUAAAAGAAGUCUGUCUUUAUAUUGACGCAAGAUAUUUAUUUUGACUAUAUCCUUUUUGCCUGACGAACUGUUUUCAAAGAAAGUCCCUAGAAGAUCGUUACGUGCAGUCAAUCAAAUGGUUAUACCAAAAGGCCCAGGUCCGAACCAAGUGGACAUUCCUUAUGGCGCAGAGGACCUGUUAUAUGGAAUUUUUAAAAAAAAAAUUAUCAAUAUUCAGACAGUGUAAAUAGUUUUAAAAACUCUGCGAGAACAAUCAAAGCUGACUUGGAGGCCUUUUCUAUUAACAAAGAAGCAUCUGUUAUUACAAUGAAAUCAAAGGAUUUUAUCUAUUCUUAAUAUAUUUUUAGUUUUAUUUUAAAAUUAAUUAAUGUAAGAGUCGUAAACUAGUUUUAAUAUUCAGCUUCAUCUUAACUGAAUUUGUAAAUACUUUUAGUGCUUGUCUAUGUUGCUAUCUCUAUUUCGUAAUUACUUAUACUUUAGUGAGUCCUCAUCAGCCCAUGGCUGCCUUUCUAAACCUACUCAAAUAAAGUAUAUUGUAUGUAUGACGCUCCAUUUGGAUUGGUUCUAAUCAGCUUAUCGGCUGUCACCUAUUUUAAAGUUCUUAUCAGGUUCUAUCCAUCAUUGUACCUGUCCUCCUGGCCAUCUUUUCCCGUGAGCUGGUUCAUAAAACGCGUAGAUGUUGGCUUGUUUCUCAUUAUCUUCAGAAGGGAUCAUAAUAUUCUUAAUAAGUUUCAAUUACCGCAAGAUGGUUAGUUUCAUCAGAAGCCUCUCCUCCACUAAGUGUUAAACUGCUUUCAUCUGACACUUUUCCAUAGUACAGUUUCUUGUCUCAACUUCUUUGGCUACUAAAGAUAGGGUGCUUUUGCCGUUAUGAUAGCACACUUGCUCAUAUUUCUACCUCAGCUUCCUUCAUCUGCGUCUCAGUUGGUUAUUUACCGACCAACCACAUUCUCUAAGGGCCUUCCAUAUAAGCCCGGUUGACCGGGUUGGCUCAGUUACCGGGAUGAAUUUUGCCUUGGGUUCAUAUGAGAAAUUUUAGCCCGGUUUCCAAGAUGAGAAAAGGUCAAAGAUCCUGGGGAUGAGUUCUGGCGCCAAAUUCGGGAAACAAAGCAAACAUGGCGAAACACAAAAAUUUUAACUUUCGGGCCUACCUUAGCAUCGGUAACUCUUAACGCUCUGUCACUGCAGUUAAAUGGGAUGCUUCUGAUGUGGAAAAUAUAGCAGGCAAUGCAAGACGAUGCCAUCCUGACCGCCAGAAUUCAUCCCGCCGUUCAUCCCGGUAACCGGGAUGAAGUGUUCAUAUGGCAAAAUGUCCAGCCCGCUUACCGAGAUCUCGGGAACCGAGCCAGCCCGCCCUCUCAUAUGAACACAUCGAACAUUUUACAAAGGAUUUAGAGGUGAAGCGAGAUUUCGGAAACGAGGCCAACCCGGUCAACCGGGCUCAUAUGAAGAGUCCCUAAGUCGUCGAUACUGUUUUACCACUUUAGCUCGCAUCCCGGUUGUAAUUUCUGCCUGCAAAAGACUUCAAAUUUUCUCAUUGGCAUCUGCAAGUCAAGCAAUUGCAAAUUAACCCGAAAAAAAAAAUUCGGGGCUUCAACGGAAUUCUAACCCAUGGCGUCUGCGUUAGCACUGCAGUGCUCUACCAACUGAGCUAUGAAGACCCAUGCAUUGGGAGCAGGCCAAUUUGUUGAGUUCAUCUCAACCCGUGAAAGGAAUGAAACAUAGAAUGAAGAUGAUGUGAACUGCGGAAAUACAAAUCCUAAUGAAAGUAUGAUCGGGGAAGUGGCAACUGCAAUUUAAGCAAUUGCAAAUUAACCCGAAUUGAAUCGAAUUGCAGUUGCCAAAAAGAACCUCUAUAUAACGAAGCCAAGUUAUAGCAAACAACUUUUGCCAGUCCCGUGACCCUUAUAUCGCACUUCCACAGUACUUAUUUCUGUUAUUACUAGUGGUUAAAUUAUUUCUCUACCAGUAAUUCUAGUGUUAUACCUUUUUCCUUAACUUUUUUCGUUUUUUCAUUUUUCUUUCUUCUUUUAGACGUAAUUCGCAGCCAGCCUAGCAUAUUAGUAAUAUGGGAACAGAAGUCUCCCCUCUGUGUCGGUCAAAAUGUGGAGAUUUCUUGCACAAUAGUGACCUUUGACCCAAAAACGGAGUACCGCUGGUAUUAUAGCGACACGAACAUUCGGGAUGAGAACAACAUGGGCGUUUUAAUUGACCCGCGACUGUACGAACAGCCAGAAUAUAACGGGGGAGAUAAGAAAAUGGCUGAAGUGAUAUUUACUCUGACGUUACAGAAUUUGACGAUCAAUCAGUCCGGACUUUAUGGGUGUCGAGCUGAAAACAAAAUUGGCCCCGAGUCACGCCAGGCCAACCUUACCGUCACUCACGGACCAUGUACUACAACAACAACAGGUAUAAAAUAUUAAUUCAACUAUCCCCCGAGAGGGGGUGGGGUUGGUGAAUAGUGGUGAAUAUCGCGAGACGCGAAGCGUCGAGGUAAAUUCCUUGCGCUGUUCACCAAACAUGAUGGGGAUAGUUGUUUUAGUACUUACCAAAUCAGUUGGAUAAAAAUGAAAAAAGUAACCUUUGGUAAAUAAAAACCGUCAUUUAGUAGGAACUUUAUUUACAAUUUACAAACAUUUCGAGGAUUUUGUCAAGUGCAUUUUUACAAUUUUGUUGCAAAAAUUCAGCAUGAAAAUAAUUUUCUACCUACCAGUAAUCACCGACCAGCCAAAGUUCGUCGCUUUCUAGGUAUUUGUUUGUACGAAUGAUUCAUUUAUCGCUCAAAUUUGGUCUUUCCGAAAAUGUCUCGAAACGAGACGCCAUCUUGGCUCCAGUCGCAAAGCAGUGAAUACUUAGCCAAGGAUGUUCCGAGUUACAGGAGCCAAUCAAAACGCCGGAAAAUUGCUAUUCACUGAUUUGGUAAAUACUAACAAGGAUUAUCCUUUUGAAAUUUGAUAGAAUAGGGGACUAAGUGAUAGAAUAGGAGACUAAAGCUGUUAACACAUGGCCGGCGCAGAGCAGUUUUUUGUGAUCUUGGUUGUAGUUAAAUUUUACAGCUGAUAUCGCGAAUCGCUUUCGUUUUACUGUAGAAUCGAGCAAAACGUCAUGCGAUCGUGUUACAAACCCGGCAAAACGUUAUCCAAUGCUCCGGAAAACCGCUGAAGGAAAUGAUUGCGACUAAUAACAGCGCUCGGAAAGUUUCGCUUUCCAAAUGCGUCGCCCUUUUGGGCGGCGUUCGCUCCCACUGUGCAUUACAGUACAUAAUAAUUAUUUACCUGCUUUGUAAAACGAUCGCAUGACGGUUUGAUCGGUCAAGUUCAUAUUCGAUUCUACAGUAAACGGAGGCGAUUCGAGCUAUCAGCUGUAAAAUUUAACUACAACCAAGGUCACAAAUAACUCCUCUGUGCCCUGUGGUUUCAGCAGCUACGAAAAACUGUUUGGACCUCAUCAGUCGUCACCAGAGACGCUAAUACUUGACCUCUGUGAUUCCACGUAAUAAUAAUUAGAGAAUAAGUGUGUGGAACUUUGUUGCAUUUAUCCUCAAAGGAAGGUGUGACCUAUGGGGUAUUCUGACUCUUUUUGUCGGUCUUGGUAUCUGUGAUUAUUAGUACAUGUAGUUCCAAUAAACUGGAUUUUUUUUUUGAAAAUGUAAAAUUUAUUCUUCCACAGAACGUUGUUGUCAGGUCUUUAUGUUGUGGUUCUUUUAAGAAUAACAGUCGUCCUUGAAAAUAAAAUGACCCCACACAUCCCUUACUCAUCGAUAGCGUCUAUCUUAGCUAGUGCUGUAGAAAAUGCAGGGGUGGAAGGAAAUAAACACGGAAUUCUUUGUCCCACUUUUUAAGCUCCCUUCUCGUUAACACUGUCAUAUUGUAUCUAUAACGUUUGCAGGAUCGCCCCCAAAUUCCACAACAAGCACACCAACCUCUUGGCCAGAAAACAUCCUUCCUGGAUCAACGUCGUCCGUUACUCAAACUGAGAUUAUCAUCUAUGUUGUCUGUAGUAUUGUGUUGGUACUCAUAAUUUGUGGUAUUAUUUUCGCCUUUGUGAAGCUGCGAAGGCGAAAAGGGACGGUAAAACUUCCAGACGCUAAAUACGACGUGGCUUCUGAUCAAGUCAACGUUCAGCCGCAAAGUUUUGCUCCAAGAACGGUAUCGGUCUCAUCUACCGGGUCAGCAGCUAUGUUCUUACGACAAAGAAGCUUUCGUAAUCGCUUGGAUUCAAGGCUCACAAAUGUAAGACUUUGAAACAAAAGAGCGUUUUCAAAAUGACGUCACGGCGGCCAUAUUGGUGUUCCAAAACAAUGAAACGGCGCCCUUGUUGGUGUUCUAAACUAGUCCUGUUGUCGUUUAACUUUUUUAUCUAAAUGCUUUCUUUUGUUUCAGUAAAUUUGCAUUGAUGCUGUGGCCACGUGAGUGAAAACGCUCCAUAGGAGAACCUUUGACUUCUUUGUUUGCCCCAUGAACAUAUGCUUAUCAUUCUCUAGCUAUAAAACGUUUAAGACGGCGUUUCUGAAUAUUGAAAGAGCAUAGCAAGAUUAGUAGUAUCUCUGAAAAUUUGAGCCCUAGAUAACGAAUAAUUUUGGAGAAAUUUUGCCUUUGUGGUAGCUGCUAUUGCUUGAAAAGCGGAGUUGGAAAUUGAAGAAAUUGCGUUUUUUCUUUAACAGACAACAUUUAUUUAAAAUAAAAACUACAGUAUCAUUUACAUGGCAAUCUAAAAUGAGGUGAAGGACAAAAAGACUUAAACAUGUGAACAAUAAUUUACUGGUGGUUACAUUUACAAGAUCUUUUGUCUAAAUAUAUUUUUUAUUUAUUUAUUUAUGUAUCUAUUAACACUCCUUACUUUUAAUAUUUAAUACAGGUAACAGUUAACAUGGCUAAAAGAAUUAAAUUACUACGUCGACCAAUAUCAGCGCUCGUUGACCAGAUACUGGACAAAUCUACGUAGAGACGGCUGUAUUCGCAGGCCGCCUGGCCUUAAGAUAUUUGACGCUAGGAAGCGCAAUUAACACUUUGCGGUACUACCCGUAUAUACAAAUCAGAUCUCCAUUUGCUCUUGAAUAAGGCUUUGUAUCAAAAUAAAUUGCAUAAUUGAACCGAAUGGAUCUGUAGGUCCCAUCGAUAAGAAUUAUAAAUGAGGUUUCUGGAUUAAAAAAUCACUUGAGCCACUAUUUUUUUGUCGUUCCACUUACAACUGUACAACUUAUCUCCGUUCUUGUUUACAUUUUGAAUCAUUACUAUUGUGAAGUGAAUGACCUUUCGUAGGUGUUAGAGGUUGAGGUGCCAUAUGAUGAAGCAUGGGAGAUAGAAAGGAACCAACUGGUCCUGUCAGAUGUUCUGGGUGAAGGAGCCUUCGGUCGAGUCAUUAAAGCAAAAGCGAUAGGACUGAACAAUAUGCCCGAUACGCUCACUGUGGCAGUUAAGAUGUUGAAAGGUGUGUGAAGAGCGGGUGUAACUUAUCAGUUCUACAAUUUUGGGUUGUGCCAUAACCACCAGUCAAUCCAAGAGAGAUUGGUAAACCCAUCAGUCAGUUUCACAAGGCAGUUAGUCAGUCAAGUUGAAUCACUUGGCCAGACCAAAGUCAGUGAGUCUUUCUAGCCGAGCUGGUCUAAACUGAGGAACUGCCCACCUACUCCUCCCCUGAGCUAACAUUAACACUUACUUCUUACUUAGGGCAAAAUGAUGCUCAGGGGAGGGGUAGGUGGGCAGUUUCCCGGAAACCUAAAUUAAUCCGUCUAAAUUUUAGUAGCCUGCGCAUGCGUCACAGAUGUAAUCUAACCCCGGCUAGUAACUUCUGUGGCGCAACGUCGAGAUCCUUGUUCUGGACCCCAACGGACUCAAUGAAUUACCAGAAGUGCGAUUCUAAUUUCCCCUGUACUUAAUUGGCAAAUCGACAAUGGUUUUUUUGAAAUGUCAAUCUGCCUGGAGUUUACUCAAAUUCUAGUACACCGGUGGGGGGUCAGAACAGGGAUUUUGACGACGGCUCGCAGAAGGACUUAACCAUAGAUAUAGUUUAUUCUGGGACGUACGCCAGCAUUUCAGUCGAUCACCUAACCAGUAAGUCGAUCCAUCAGCCUUUCGGGUACCCAGCAAACCAGUCACUCGUGGCCUCAGUCAGUCAGUCAGUCCAUUAAUCAAUCAGUGAAUUCUCAGAUUAAUUUAUUAGCCAAUCAGUUUAUUAGUUAGCAGCUGGCCAGACAAUAAUUCUCAAGUUUAGACUAAUGGACUUAACUUGUAAAAACGCUUCUAAAAGUGGAAGAUUUAAUUCGAUUGCAAAAAGACUCAGUCAUGUUGUGUGCAAGACUUUUUCAAGCGCUCUUUCAUUCAAGCAAUGAACUUUUUCGUAUGUUUUUUUUAUUAUUCAUUUGCAGAGGAUGCAUCAGACCAAGAACUGCUGGACUUGGUGUCGGAAAUGAAGGUUAUGAAGUCAAUAGGAAAACACAAGAAUAUCGUCAACUUGUUAGGAGUCUGUACACAAGACGGUACGUGUCUCCUGAUUGCAGCGACUUAUGAUUUCCAAUAGGGAGGAGUUCCACAGUAGCCUUUUUGCAAGAAAUGUUAUUAAUCACAAGUCACGCUAUAUCAUGCAUUAAUUUCUGCCGUGGCUUAUUUAUUUUGUGUAGCAUUACUCCUGCCAUUUCAUCUAUAGCCUGAGAUCAUGCCCUUUCCCUAUUAUCCCUUUAUGUCUCUCACGGGAAGAGGGCAUGAUACAUUUCUUUGUCGGAUCACAUGUAAAAAAGCCAGAAUCUGGACUUUUUUCUGAUUGGAUAGGAAACAAUACGGAUGAUUUGCGCUGUUCCAAUUGGCCAAAAUGCCGCCAUCCGUUAGUUGUUGUUGAUUUCAGUCUGCAUUUUUUCUUGCGUAAUGAGCAGUGAAUACACACGCGAGUUCUUUAUGAAAUUUCUGCCGGCUCAGUUUUCUUAAAUUUGAAGAAUGCCUAAAUAGAAGUUUCAUCCAUUGAAAUAUUUUCCAUCUCAUCGUAUACUAAAACAGUCGCAGUCAAAACUUCACCGAUCAUUUGAAUAGUUUGAAUGCAAUUUGAUACCGGCUACAAGUUACAGAAGCAACAAACAGGUUCACUUUUGAAAUAAUCAAUUCAUGAAUGGAAUCUUGACCUGGUUUGACUGUAAUUCCUCCUUCAGAAAUAAUGCUGCGAAUUAUUCUGAGCGAUCUUCGUUUUCACAACACCUUUCAGUUCGUGAAAUAUGGUGCUUCAGCCUAAUUUUUUUUCACUGCUUCGACACAGAACGAAGUCAACGAGCUUUAACCAGUAAAUUCUUUAUUAUUUGUAGCUGUUAAAUAAAGGUACGGCAGCUCCAGAUAGCAGUAUUUCAUCACAAAAACAACUCAUUAAAAAUUUUUUUAGGAAGCGCUAUCUGAACAUGGACGUAUUUAAAUAUUUUCUUUUCCCUAAAAUUGAUUUCAGAAGAGACAUUAUUCGCGCCAAAAUUUGAUUCCCGUAUGGUAAACGCUUAUUGGCUAAUAACAUGACAGGUCAAGCAGACGUUAGAUUAUGUAAAUUAGGAGGCGGUUGACUGCUUGUUAAAUAAAUGUAUCAGGCGUUAUUUUUUUUCCCUCUCGAGCCAAAGAAGCAAAGAAGCAAAAAAAAAAAAAACGCCCGAUCUCAGGUUAUUUCAUCUACAACCAAGUACAUCUGCAUCUGAGAGCUAUAGCAGAUACCACUGACACCCUUCACCAAUUACAAUCAUUGGGGGUGGCAAGAGUUUGCUGAGUUUAUAAUACACCGACUCUCACCCGAUUAGAAAUAAAGCAAUUUCACUGUUUAUUAGCCUGCGGUCAUCCUUUAUUACACCCAUUUCCUUUUGACAAUAAUCAGGAAGGUAACUUAAAGUGAACACGAGACCGAUGCAACAUGAUUGGCUACCCAUCCAAAACAAUUUCAUCAACGCAAUACUCACCGGUAUCAGAUCCUAUCCCUUUCUUCUUCAAGCCACUUGACUGGGUUUAAAUUUACUCCAAUCAAUAAAUAUGGCUCAGCUUCCAAUUUUAGACUCUCUGUUGAAACCCGCCCUGCCCAAAUAAAAAAUUUACUCUCUUUCUCAUUCGCCCUCCCAUCCCUUUCAUUUUACGCGCCACUCUCCCUCGAACUACGUGCGGUUUUCCAAUACUCGUAUUUCUAUUAUAUUUCGGGUGGCCUUAUUCACUACCUUCUCUUACCAGCCUUGUUUGAAUUCUCUUGCUUCCCUGUUCUCUAGGCCCCUUGUACGUCGUGGUAGAAUACGCGGUUCAUGGUGACCUUCGACAGUUCCUUCAAGACAGGAGACCUGGGUUAGAAUCUGGGCCCCAGUCUCAUGAAGUCCUCACUCUACAAGACUUGUUAUCAUUCUGUUAUCAGGUUGCUAAGGGGAUGGACUUUUUGUCGUCGAGAAAGGUAAAUAAUAUGUUUUAAAGAACGAACCCCUGCUUACACGAAAAGAAUAUGGAAAAGCCAAAAGUACUAUUCAUGCCAAAUGGAUUUCAUUAUGUUCAUUUGGGUCAGAUUAAUAAUAAAUAAAUAAAUAAAUAAAUAAUGAUUUAGAGGUACUACAUCCACAAAGUGGUUCUUCGUCUAAAUGUUGGGUUUUGAGGAGCGGGGAAAACCGGAGAACCCGGAGAAGAACCUUGGCUUGAAAUGUUCGAGUUGGUAUUGACAUGCAAGCCAAACUUAUAAUACAGCUCGCACUUGAACCGACUUUUAGAGUCGCUUACUCUUUUAUAAAAGUACAUUUCUAUUGUAAGUGCGCGAUACGAGAUGACAGCUAUAAAUUAAGAGUGCAUCUGAUAGUACUCGGGAUAAUGCCUACUUGAACUCAAUAACGCAGUUCGUCCACUACCGGCCCAAGGUUUGUUUCACUACCAACCUUCUUACCCACCUUAAUUCAGGAAAAUUUAUUAAGACAUUCUCAAAUUAACCUCCCAAGCUACUGCUACAUAUGUAUUUCUUCUAUAGCAUCGAUGAGGUUUGGAAAUUCGAUAUUAAAUUCGAUAUUAAAUUUAAAUGAAACGUUAGAUUAUUGUUAGACACAGUGUCAGUGGACUCUAGCACGAGAAAAAAGAUGAUUGUUUCUAAUCAGCAUCCUUGUAUUUUAACAGUGUAUCCAUAGAGAUAUAGCAGCGAGGAAUAUUCUAGUCGCAGAGGAUCGGGUUAUGAAGAUAGCUGAUUUUGGGCUGGCGAGAAACAUACGUGAAGAUGACUAUUACAGAAAAACGACCGACGUAAGAAUGUGACAAUUUCUAUCUCGUGUUAUCUUGUUAAAAACUUAAGGAACGAAAGAUCUGAUCAUUGCAUCUCCCUUUUACUAAUUUCAUUCAACAGGGACGCCUCCCUGUGAAGUGGAUGGCAAUCGAGGCUCUAAUUGACCGAGUCUAUACCACACAAAGUGACGUGUAAGUAUUUAUGGACACUAGAGUUGGCUUACUCGUUGAUAAUUUUCUGGAUUUUCAGCUCUUGAAGGUCCAUUUCCCCUUAUUUCGAUCUCAUUACAACUUGUUUUAAUUAGUAGUUGUUGUAAGGAGAAAGUACUGUAUUAUCAAGGCAGUCUAUGUUUGGUGAAGACGUGAUAUAUUUCUUUAUGGCUGCUGUGAAAUCACAAGAAGACCUUUAGUGCUUUGGUGCCAGCGGUUGUUCAGUGUAUACUACAGUGUCCUGACUCGCACAGGCCUGUUUGGGGUUGGAGACCUAUGUGAGUACGUCACAGAAAAAUAAACGCACUCGCGGACUGCGAAAAAUUUAAUAUGAAGAAUUGUGAGUUCAUUUAUUUACCGCCAGCGAGUGCUUUUAUUUGCCUGUGAAGCACGAAGGAGAAGUCGUUAUCCCUUUUCCUAUCUAAAGUGAGUGCUCGCAUUGUAAAACCGACAAUGCUGUACCUCUUCAGAGGUAUCCCUUUAAACUGAUUCCCGUACGUAUUGUCCCACCAGUUCUCAUUUCCUUCCUCUUCUCCGCUUGUUCUUUCGCUUUUUGGGAUAACGCUGAUAUACAUCUAACUGAAGACUAAAAAAAUGACACCUUUUCAUUCUCUGUUCUUCUAGGUGGUCGUUUGGAAUAUUAACUUGGGAAAUUAUAACUUUUGGUAGGUUUUACUUGAAGGUCUUAAACAACUUGUCAUGAGGGUUACUAGGGAGUUUUAGAUACCACGACGGCGACAGCGACGGUUGCGAAAACGUCCUUAAAAAGUAAAUUCGCAUGCUUUCAACCUUCAUCGCGGUUAUUCCAACUCGCUUUCUUUGUCAAAUGAAGGCGAAUUCUCCUCGAGUUGAAUUCCCAGGAGCCGUAGAAGGAGCGAAAGAAAAUUUCCUCGUCCCUUGUUUGCGUCCUUCGUAAACGUGAAUUCAGGCGUUUUCACGAUUUAACCCUCGGACGUACACGCAACUUCAUACCCCCACCGUGGUACAAGGAGGGGAGGGGAUGGAACCCCUCCCCGGAGCUUGUGUUGCAGUAUUUUGAAACGAUUUUACCUUUAGUGGAAAGCCUUUGAUAUUCUUAACAAGAUGAGGUAUAUUUUAUGGGUGGUGGCGCUGCUGGAGGCUUGUGACGUCACCAACAGUAGUCGCCAUCUUGGCUGCCUUUAGAAAUCAGUUUAAAACCGCGAGAAAUGGAAGUUUUUUUUGUGCUUUACAUGAACAAUAACACCUAAAAACGCAUUUUGCAUGAUUUUAGCCACAAGAUUUACUUUAUUGUUGAAAGAAGUUGAAAAAACAUGUCUUUUGACCCAAAAUUGGCUUAAUCACGUGCUUAUGACGUCAUAUCUCGUAACUAUAGAAACUGACCAUCACUAAACUCGUCUCGAAAUCUACGUAAGGGAUGAACGAACAGCCACUGAAAGCGUCAGGCGCUGAUGUUUUAUCCUCUAGGAAAAAACUCAGAAAAACCUUAUUGGGCGGUGGCAUACACCGCCCCCCCCCCCCCCCACCUCCCUCUUGAACGUCCGAGGGUUAAACCUAUUGCUAUUUAGACCUUCUCGCCGGUUGCCUUUGCCGUUGGUUUACGUGUUUUAUGCUCAGAAUAAAACCCGUCUACUGAGGAACACGAUCCUUAUUAUACCCACCACAAGAUAUUCUCAUGGACAAACGAUCACAAGAGUGCAUAAUUCUGUCAAAUAUGAGUUAAUAUAAGUAAUCCAGUCAAAUACCAAGUGCUUUUUGAACACUACUUGCGUUGAAGUGUGCAACUAGUUCGAGUUGUAAAUUUUUAGUGAAAUCUGUGACUCUUCGUCCUCCUCUCUUCCCCUGAAACUGGUCGGUUUCUUUGCUAAUCACAAUACCGCUCUCUCUCUAUCAUUAAGGUGGCAGUCCAUACCCUGGAAUACCAGUGGAAAAGCUUUACUCACUGCUGAAAUCCGGUUAUAGGAUGAUUCGACCAAUAAACUGCUCUAAAGAAUUGUAAGUAAUUUCAGACACCGAAAUUAUUCGCACGACUUUUGCGUGCAUAUGUGUUUAAAAAACCAAUAAUACCAAUAAUUCUUUGCGAAAAUAUCCAUAUAGCCAUGUUGGGACUUUCUCUUGUCUUUAUGUUUUGCUUUACUGAAUCGCGCAAAAUACAUCUUCCGUUUCAUAAAAAGGUUUUUGUCAUUGUACACGGAAUUUUUGUUUCGUCGUCCUUUUCUUACGUCAUUGUCAAGUCGCACCUUAUAAAUGAGAAGCCUAAAAAUUUAUACGUUCCAUGGACGAUAUGGUCCCCGAACGCGAGAACGCUUUUGAUGCAAAUGAAGCCAAAACACACGAAGCAACAUAGAGAUUGUUUGAGAAUGUUUUCCGUAAUUUGGCUUAUGCUGUUCUUCAUUUUUUUGCCCUAGGUAUCAGCUCAUGUUGAACUGCUGGAACGAAGCAGCUGAAAAAAGACCAACAUUUCCUGAACUUGUGCGUUCCUUCGAUGCAAUGAUAUCAUUGGUUUCUGACAAGGUAAAUGCCUCGUUAGUUAAAGUAGCAUUGGUUAAUAGUUGAUAAAGUACAAUCUACGGAGUUAAUCGGCAUCGGCAUCAUUGGUCUUGAAGAUUAAAUCAGUCAUGUUAACACCAGUAAGGUCUAUAAACCACCUGGUAGUUUCACUAUUUUCAUAUCCGAUGCGGAUUCCCCAGUCAGUGUUGGGCGGGUAAGUUAAUUAGGUAAGUGUGUGAGUGCUAUUUGUUCUCCGAUCGAAUAUGCCAUUUGCAAGAUGACAUCAUUUUACUACUACGACCAGAAUCCUUCAGGGUUUUGCUUUCUUGUGCAAAUCAAGGCUUUUGUUAUUUAAACCUUACUGGGAUUACUAAAUUUUGAUAUGAAAAGAAAAAGUAGUAAAAUGACGCCAUCAUGCAAGUGGACUAUUGGCGAUUGAGAAGAAGGGGAAACAGUGCACAACCCUGAAAAUAGCAAAUCGUAGCUAGGAAUACAGCGUCCAACCACAAAGAUAAUCCAUAUAUGGGAUCGCCUUCAGGUUAUGAACUUAGGCCACACGUUAGCAGGGGUGGCGCAAUAGUGAGAGCAAGAGCCUCUCACCAAUGUGACCUGUUUUCGAGUCCCAGUAUAAACUUUAUAUGUGGUUUGAGUUUGUCGUGGUUCUUUCCCUUGCUCCGAGAGGUUUUUCUCCAGGUACUCCGGUUUUCCCCUUCAACAGUUCCAAAUUCAAAAUCGAUCUGGAACGCUCAGAGACGUUUAAACCUGGAGUUCUUAAGAACAACUAAUUUUUUCGUGGGCGAACAAAUUAGAUUUUACAAAUUUUUACACUUAUGGGAGACGACUGUUAUCUCCACAGCACCACCCUUGCCUAGAAUCAAGCACUUGCAGGACCUAUGAUUUUGUGGUUAUUUUGGCGAAUGCUAGUGAGGAAUAUGCACUCUGAAACACACUGUUGUAAUAAUUCUUAUUCGUCUUUUCAGGAAUACCUUGACCUUCAACCGCCUCUGGUUAGCCCUCUAUCCCCCAGAACGCCUUCGUCCUCCGAAGAGGACAAUGUAUUCGGAAGUUCAGAGCACGUUUGCGACUUCACAAAUAGCAAGAGCGACAGUUUGAAUAAUCCCAACGAUGACAGGUUCCAUCAUGGCUCAGAGGAUACCGAGCAUGACGGUGAAGACGGAUACGCGGACAUACGACAACACCCCGAUGAUGAUCCUUUACUGGAUUUCAGCGGAAGCAAAACUUCCCUUUCUUCUAAAUCCUCGUUGUUCGCAAAGAGAUCCCUUAACCAGCUCAAUGGAAGCAUUGCAUCACUGUCUUCGCAGAUGAGCAAGCAAAUGAGAGCCAUGGAGGAUAAAGAGGGCGGCGACGGAGAACAUGCUAGUCUAUUAGAAAAUGACGCUAGCCAAGGAAGCGACGAAGCGUUUGAAACUAUUGAAAAUGUAAAUCCGAGAACUGGCCCAACAAUAUCAGAAGAACCAUCAAAGUCCUCGGACGGUGUCCUGGAGACAAGCCUGGAUUCCGAGGAAAUCGACCCAGAUGUUUUGAUUAAGUACACACCUCCAAAAAAACCAAAUCCCCCAAGGAGACCUUCUCAGCAGACAGAGGUCUAAAACUAUUUUUUUUUUUAAUUGUCAAACAAAAAUUUUGAAGGCCACACCUCAAAGUUACUCCCACUGGCAGUUCUUUAACCUCAUUUUAAGGUUCUGUGGUAAGGCACUCGUUAAUUUUAUCAAAUGCUCUCUUGGGAGUUUUACUUUCUUGUGCUGUGAGAGCCAGUUUUCUGGCUUGAGAGAAAUAACAAAGAGACCAAAGAUAACAAUUGAAGCCUCAAUAUCCAAAUACUAUUUCUCCAGACUGUUCUCCAUGCUGACAUUUUCAUAAGAAGAAUUAGUGGAGAAAAUUGACAAUAGAUCAAAGCGUUUUGAUGGUCAUUUUGUGAAUUUUCUUAACCUUGUCUCUUGAUGGGUAUGGUGGAUAUUGUUAGGAGAAAACUGAUGUUGGGACCUUUCGAAUAAGGACAAGGACAAUUUAACGGUCGAAAGCAUCACAAGAAUUUGUCAUUUUCACUAGGUCGACAUCACAUUAUUUAUUAUAAAGGGUACUCGCCUCUACAACUUGGCUGACUCAGUCUUUAAGGCGAAAUUACUAAACGGAGAGAUUCUUUGAAUAUGAAAGAAAAUUGACAGGUGUAAAGUCGUUUAGCUUGUCAAGAUUAUCUUGUAACUGGCCUUACUAAGUAAAUGUUUCACUAAGGAAAAGGAUGUUUUCUAAAAAAGUUUUGUAAAUAGUCCUAUCCCUUUUCAUUAACAUCUCUGUAAAUUGAAGAGAUACAGGUUUGGGUACCGGGUACUAAGUACCAUGAAAAUGUGAAGUUGGG